GGGACCCACCAAGCACAGUCCAGAUGGAUAUGAUCUUGUGGGGAGACAGAAGGAUGAAGGAAGCUAACAGAUGUGAGAACCUCAGGAGGGGCAAUGAUGUGAGAAGACCUCCCUGCUGAUGUGAUACGGAGGGGCAGCCAAAGGACAGUCUGCAUGACGUGAGCUGAACGGGUCACUUCCCAGCCAGACAGGCAUGCCCCGAACCCUGAGCGCCUCCGACAUGGUCACCCCUGGCAGCCUUGGCCCACCCCCCACCAAGCCCACAGAUGGCGAGCAGACCGGGCAGCCCCUCCUGGAUGGGGCUCCCUCGUCAGCCUCCCUAGACACCCUGAUCCAGCACCUGGUGCCCACGACCGACUACUACCCCGAGAAAGCCUACAUCUUCACCUUCCUUCUAAGCUCCCGCCUCUUCAUCGAGCCCCGGGAGCUCCUGGCCCGGGUCUGCCACCUGUGUAUUGAGCAGCAGCAGCUGGACCAGCCGGUGCUGGACAAGGCCCGGGUCCGGAAGUUCGGCCCCAAACUGCUCCAGCUGUUGGCGGAAUGGACGGAGACAUUCCCGCGGGACUUCCAGGAGGAGUCGACCAUCGGGCACCUGAAGGACGUGAUGGGCCGCAUUGCCCCCUGUGACGAGGCAUGCCGAAAGAGGAUGCAGCAGCUCCUGCAGGCUCUGCACCAGAAGCUGGCUGCCCAGGGCCAGGGCCCGGAAGGCCUGCUAGGUGCCGACAAGCCCAUCUCCUACAGGACCAAGCCACCCGCCUCCAUCCACCGGGAGCUCCUCGGCGUCUGCAGUGACCCCUACACUCUGGCCCAACAGCUCACCCACGUGGAGUUGGAACGGCUACGGCACAUCGGGCCUGAGGAGUUUAUCCAGGCUUUUGUGAACAAGGACCCUUUGGCCAGCACAAAGCCUUGUUUCAGUGACAAGACCAACAAUCUGGAGGCUUACGUGAAAUGGUUCAACAGACUGUGCUACCUCGUGGCGACUGAGAUCUGCAUGCCAGCCAAGAAGAAGCAGAGGGCCCAGGUGGUGGAGUUCUUCAUCGAUGUGGCCCGUGAGUGCUUCAACAUUGGCAACUUCAACUCUCUGAUGGCCAUCAUCUCUGGCAUGAACAUGAGCCCCGUCUCCAGGCUGAAGAAGACCUGGGCCAAAGUGAAGACGGCCAAGUUCUUCAUCCUCGAGCACCAGAUGGACCCAACUGGGAAUUUCUGCAACUACAGGACAGCCCUGCGGGGGGCAGCCCACCGCUCCCUGACUGCCCACAGCAGCCGGGAAAAGAUCGUCAUUCCCUUCUUCAGCCUGCUCAUCAAAGACAUCUACUUCCUGAAUGAGGGCUGCGCCAACCGCCUCCCCAAUGGACAUGUCAACUUUGAGAAAUUUCUGGAGCUGGCCAAGCAGGUUGGAGAGUUCAUCACAUGGAAACAAGUGGAGUGUCCUUUUGAGCAAGACCCCAGCAUCACCCACUACCUGCAUACCGCUCCCAUCUUCAGCGAGGAUGGUCUUUAUUUGGCCUCUUAUGAAAGUGAGAGCCCAGAGAACCAAACAGAAAAAGAGAGGUGGAAAUCUCUAAGGUCUUCUAUUUUGGGGAAAACGUGAGAAGCAGGAGGAGGAGGAAGAGGAGGAGGAGAGGAGGAAGUCAGCAGAAGCCUUCCAAAGCCCUGUGGCAGCUGGCCCGGCAGAAAACAGAGGUGUUGGCCCCUCACUGCUUUGUAAACCGUGACCCUGUGGGCUGGCGCCCGCCCUGACAACCACACAGCACGGGAGACCUUUCUCCACCUUCCGUGGAACUUCAGCCCUGGGCAGGGCCCAGGGCCUCCUGACCUGCGGGGAGCACGUGCCUGGGGGGCUCUGCCUUUGGGAUGGUGGGGGUCACAUUGCUGGCCAGUCUGUCCAUCAAGGACAAGGACGUGGCACUGCCCCAGCAUGGUGGGUGACUGCGGUGUCACUCUCCCUGGGUGAUGAGUGCCACGGAGGCUGACCCCCCCAUCUGUCCCCAGGUGGCCUGGGAGCCCCCACAUCUGCAGCAGGCACCAUGCCAGUGGCCCCUGUCGUUCUGCUGAUGGACCCAACCCUGUCCCCCAAGAUGGGCUCUGCAGCUCAAUUCACCCCCUUUCCGGAUCCUGCUGGUAUCAGGGGACAGCUUUCUGGUGACGGCUGUGACACUGGUCACGGGACAAAUCUGAGUCACAAAAAUGACAACAUGUACAGUACAUUGUAAAAUUCAGAGUUGGUAUAAACA